AUUAACCCAUUCACCCUCCUCAUCAUUUACUUCACAAUCUUUUCAGGCCCAAUAGUCACUAUACUCAGCACCAACUACUUUCUUAUAUGAAUUGGUCUUGAAAUAAACUUACUAGCUAUUAUCCCACUUAUAACUGACAAAAAAAACCCACGAUCCACAGAAGCAGCAACAAAAUACUUCAUUACACAAGCCACAGCUUCUAUAAUCUUUCUACUAGCCAUUACAAUAAACUUCAAAUUUUUAGGAACAUGAAUAAUUAAUUCUCAGUCAGACAACACAAUCAUUACCUUAAUAUUUAUCUCCCUAGCAAUCAAACUAGGCCUAGCACCCCUACACUCUUGACUACCAGAAGUAACCCAAGGAAUCCCACUAAAAACUAGCAUCAUUCUUCUAACAUGACAAAAACUAGCACCAAUAGCAAUCCUAUUUCAGACAUAUGAACUGAUAAAUACAUAUCUACUAACAACCUCCGCCCUCAUCUCAGUAUUAAUUGGAGCAUGAAAUGGACUUAACCAAACACAAACCCGAAAAAUCAUGGCCUAUUCAUCCAUCGCACACAUGGGAUGGAUGGUGGCUAUUCUACCCUAUAACCCACUAUUAACUAUAAUAAACUUAACCCUAUAUAUCCUACUGACACUAACCAUAAUUAUAAUUAUAAAAACAUACUCACUUACCUCAAUCAAAACAAUAUCCCUCCUGUGAAACAAAAUACCAACAAUACUUCCCCUGACAACCCUAACCCUACUAUCCAUAGGAGGCCUUCCACCAUUAACAGGGUUUCUCCCAAAAUGACUUAUCAUCUCAGAACUUUUAAAAAAUAAUAGCCACAUCCUAGCCACGCUAAUAGCCAUAGCAGCACUGAUUAACCUAUUUUUCUACACACGCUUAAUUUACUCCACAUCCCUAAUUACCUUCCCAACAAACAACACUUCAAAAAUAUUUCUACACCACACCCACAUAAAAAAUCACACCGUUCUAUCAACAGCAACCAUUCUAAGCACUAUAACCCUACCCCUAUCAACUAUACUAACAU